AUGAAUAUAUGUAAGUUAGUAAUUGAUAGCAAAACAUAAUUUUGUUGCAGAUAGCCAUCGGGUUCUGAACAUUGUGACAAAUGGGUUAAUAUCACCGACUAACCAAUCUAUUUUUGUGUAUAAUCCGUUCACAAAGCUCAACUACACCACUGACGAAUGCUGUUACGAGCAUCCUGAGCUGGUAGGUUAUUACUUCUGUUAAAUUUAUAAAAAUUAAUAAAACUUUUCUUUAUCAGUGAAUUUUAGGUAAUAAAUUAAUUAUUUUAGGUAGAUCUGGCCGAUUCUGUUGCGCAAUUAAAUAAAGAAGAAGAGUUAUUAUUGGUAUCAAGGACGUCUCAUAGUGUAAUAGAUGUUGAAGCAGGUAACUCGUUCACAAGCAUCAAGAACUCAAGUUUAGGUAAAAAGUUCCGUGACAUAUACGAACAUGAUGGUGUCAUAAAUGCUGUUUGUUGGAGUCCAAUCAACGGAAAUGUGUUUGCAUCUGUCGGAUCUGACAACACUGUUCGAUUAUGGGACAUUCGACAACAUCCAGCACAGGUCAUGAUCAUCCGGCUGAAAAGAUAUUCAUGUCUAGACUUCUCUCCAGAUGGACAAUAUCUUGCUUUAGGCGGAGACAACGCUGUGAACCUUAUGUAUCUGAACAAUCCUAGAGAUCUCACUACUAUGAAGGUAUCUUCACCGGUAAGACGACUGUUUGGAUGACUCAGGAAAUAUUUAGGUAACAAAUGUGAAGUUCAACCCUCUGGAGUGCACGAUGGCGACCAUUAGUACCGAUAAGGUGGUUAGGUUCUGGGAUAUCGAUGCCAAGGAAUGUGUAUCACAAACACUGCCAUUUGAUACGAUGCCAAAAGCAAUAGAAUACACAUCGUGUGGAAACUACUUUGUGGCUGCUUCGGACACCGUGUUGUCAUCUUUCUUGUGUGAACCUUUGAGCAUGGUACAUGAAGUAGAGGUGGAGAAGGUGGCCAAUCAUUUUCUGGAUUUCAAGAUUGCUAUGGAUGUGGCUUAUCACUUAUCGUGGAAUUCAGACGGCGAAGUUGUACUUAAGUCGUAUAUGGUUAAUGUAAGUUGAUAUCAAGAUGAAGAUGUGUUAUGUUGUAAUGUUUUUUGUUGCCCAUGGAUACAAUGCAAACUUGUGUUCUUCUUUAGGACUUGAGAAAGAAUGGAGUUCCGGAAUCGCCCGUGCUCUCCGCCAUUUCCCCCAUAAAAGACGUCGUAAAUACAGAGGAUUCUGUGUUCUACAAGUCCACCAACUCCAUGAAAACAGAGGAUUCUACGAUAGAGUUGCGAAGUUGUAUGUCAAGAAGCUCCUCCUUAUCAUCUAAUCACCUAUCAUUACACAGAAGUCGCAAUAACAGUCAGCAAAAUUGUGAGUUUCAAUCUGAAAUGUAUUUCAAAAUGACACUUUCAAAAAUACAAUUAAAUUUAAUUUUGCAGUAACCUCCGCCGCCCAACGUAAAACCUCAGUGGAUCUAGGUCCCUCUCAAAACAGCUCUGCCAUUAUAAAGGAACACAACUCAAGACUAAAGAAGGGUUCAGAUUCUCCGUCUGAUUCUCUAAGAGCUACACAAGACGGCUUCAAGAGUGUGGUCGACAACCAUCCUUCUGUCAUGGCGAUAUUACGCGAAAGGAUGCACGAAUGUAAACGGAUUCAGUCCAUGAGCAGAAUCUCAUCUAUAGGUAAUCAUUGUUAUAGUAAAUAUAUGCUUAGAUCCAAGUAAUAGGACUAUAACAGCAUAAUUAAAUGUUAUAUCACAUUAAUAACAGCCCUUUAUUCACAUUCAAUUAUGAUUCCUUCAGACGACACGCUGAAAGAGGCUUCUAAGAUGAACGGCAGUCACAUGCUGGCUGCUCUGAUCAACACCUACAAGGCAUCUUCUUCUCCAACGAUAACCUUCUACUCCAAAGUCUUACUGUACGUCAUUCCACUGCUCCGACACACCAACCCUGACUACAUUAACAUCGGAUUGGACAUAGUGUGCGGAGUACUAACAGAUCACGGGGACCAAAUCAAAACGGGUUCAAAGGGCAACACAGACCUCGAGAAUGCCUGUAAUGUAUGCAAGAGGAUGUUAACCGAGGUCUACAUACUGAUGCCGUGCCUACUGGAGCGUCUGAACGAAGAACAACGCCAGACUUUUACGUCGCUUCUGCCAUUGUUAAAAGCUUUAGCCGAAUAA